AUGGAGGUUCCCGAAAGCCCAGUCAUUGGGUUUGCGAAUCCACCUUCGACUACAGAAAGCGUUAGAAUGAAGAAAAAGAAGUUGCACAAGGCUAAACACACCAACGAACUCCCUUCGACUACUUCGACCAAUGGACUCGAGUCCUCGCCUUCUCCUGAAGAUGACGAGUCACGGCCCUCGAAACGCAAGCGAGACUCCGAGUCGCAUAAGAAGAAAAAUAAUAAGAAGCGCCGCGAAGGAGAGGUCGACGCAAAUGAAGAAUCCACUCUCCAAGACACGAAUCAGAUGUCUGAUGAAGAAGAGGACCAGUCACCUUCGAAAGAGACUCGAGAAACGGAGCAGAAUGGAACAGGAGAGGCCUCUCUGCUUCAAGGCUCUCCAGAACCUACAUCUGACGCCACACCCGACAGCCUGCUGAAAAAAGUGCGAGGCUACCGCAUCGGUGGCAAGAACCAGCAGAAAGUCGGGUUCUUCAUCGAGGAGGAAGUCAAAGCGCUGGAGAACUUCAAGGUCCAGUUCUGCAACAUCCAUGGCGUUGAAGGCCGUACCUUCGACGCAAUGAUCCAGCAUUCUGAGCGUGGCGGCGAUGAAUGGCCCGUAGGGACCCAUAUCUGCACCAAGGCCGAUUUCUGGAACGAUAUCUAUGCAUUGAUCCCCGACCGAGACCGCCGUUCCGUAUAUCGGUUCAUGCGGCGACACUUCCAGGAUACGACACAAAAGGCUCACGAUUGGACCCCAGAGCAGGACGAGGAGCUCAUCAGGUUGCACGCUCAGCAUGGGCCCAAGUACGCGCAUAUCGCCAAACUUCUCGGCCGCAGUGAUGACGACGUUACCCAGCGUUGGAAGAACCGCCUACAGCAUCGGAAUACGAAGAGAACUGGUGGAUGGAGCGAAACUGAGCUGCGCGCAUUUAUGACAUCCUUAGAGGAAUACCGAAACCUCCUGAUUACAUCCUCGGCGGAACCCGAAAAGGCGGGCAAAGACAUCUGGGAGAUGGAACUCAAAUCUAUUUCGUGGGGCUCAAUCAGCAACGGAAUGGAAAACUCCCGAACUCGCCAGCAGUGCGCAGACAAAUGGCGAAAGAUCUCAAAGAACAUCAUGACUCGUCGCCAGACUGUUGAUCCCAACGCCGUCUUUGAUCCUGUCGAAGCAGCGAAGAAGCACCACCGCUGGAACGGAGUUGCUGAGAGCGACAAGAGCAACGUGUAUGUCGAAGAUGACGAUGACGAUGACGAUGAGGAAACACGGAUUCCCAGCACCACACCUGCCAUCAUCCCCAAGCUCGAAUUCGCAGCCGAGCAACAGGCUGUGGAUCUAGCCCGAGUUGCGAGAGAAUAUUCGGUUGAAUCGUCGCCCUCCCGGGGAGAUAUCCAGGUCGAUGGGUCAUACAGCGUCGAGAAGACGAAAAAGCGCAAGCACACCGACGCCGAGGUAUCCGAUGACGAUGAGGAUGACGAUGACGCGGCGCCUUCUUCGCCAAUCUCGGAGAACUCCCAUAGUGAAGUCAAGAAAUCACGAGAGGACAAGCAAGAGAGAAAGCGUAGGAAGCAAGAGAAGAAGGUGCGGAAGAGGCGAGAGGCUGCUGAAGCCGCCGCCGCCGAAGGACUUGAAGGGGAGGUUCCCAUCACGCCGAAGGAGAAGAAGCACAAGAAGCACCGCAAGUCCGAGGCCAAUGGCAAUGAGGGGAACGAAGCCGAGCCGACCGAAUCCUCAAAGAAGAAGAGCAAGAAGGAGAAAAAGAAGCUCAGGAAGGCCGCGCAGGAAGAAGGUGCAGGUGUUGAUUACACGAGUGACAUUGAGAGCUCUAUGGUUGUCUAG